AUGGCAGACAACGCGGCCGAGGUGGCAGAGGACUACCGACAGGCCCUCGAGGACCUCACGGUCAACUCGCGCAUCGAGAUCGCCACGCUUACCAAUAUCGCGCGUGAGAACGCGCACCACGGCUUCGCUAUCUCGGAAGCAUUGGCAAACCACAUCAAGAAGGUACCACCCGCACGGACACUACCAGCGCUCUAUGUCCUCGAUUCCGUCGUCAAGAAUGUUCCGACACCCUAUGCGUUAUACUUUGGCCCUAAGCUCUACUCGGUCUUUAUGGGCGCUUACACCAAAGUCGACAAUGCGACAAGACGGAAAAUGGACGAAAUGCUGAAAACAUGGAAAGAACCGGUCCCGGGCUCCAUUUCAACGAAGCCUGUCUUCCCGCUCGAACAAGUCCGCCCCAUUGAACACGCCCUGAUGGCCGCUAGAAAUGCCGCCUAUGCCGCCCAGCAGAAUAGUUUUCAGGGACAGCAACAGCUCAUGCGCGGUCGCCAGCCCGCCCCCAGCCGAGACACCCCCACGCCGCCAACUACCCGGUCAUAUCAACCUCCGGCACCGCAACCUUCUUAUCCUGGGGCUAACGGGCAUAGGCCGGAUGCGGCCCAGCGGCCGUAUCCGAUGCCACUGGUCAGCAGCCAAGACAUGCCUCAGGAUCAGUUGAUGAUCAUAAGAGAUCGAGUUGCUGAACUUGCUGUAAAAUUUCGCCCGCAGCUGCCAGUCACUGCUGGUCCUGCUGGCGGUGGUGUUGCUGCACCCAACACCGGUUACCCGGGAGUUUCGUACACCACUACUCCUACGCCUCCGGUUGUGUCUCAACAGCCGACCCCUGUGCCCCCCGCAGCCGCGGCCGUCGUUGCGGCAGCUCUCGGGCGUCCCCAGUCUGCUGCGUCGGCCCCUCCCGCUGCAGGUGGAGGCGUGUCGAUUGACUCGCUUUUUGGACAAGGCGCGUUGGCGGCGUUGAUAUCGGGAACUGCGCGGAAGUCGGCCACACCCCAGCAAACUCCCACACCACAACCUCCGCCGCCCGCCCCGGCCCCGGCCCCGGCCCCGGCGAUCGGACCUGCGGCCGCCGCCGCGAUAGCUGCUGCGUUGCGGUCACCACCUCCACAGGUGCCUACCGAGCCGCCUAAACCGCCAGCUUCUGCUCCCCCGGCCUCGAAUCCCUCAGCCUUGUUAGCCAUGUUGAGACAAUCUGGUCUGAUCAAGCCCAGCGGGACGCCAACUCCUCCCCCAGCGGCUUCUGCACUACCCGGCUUCGGCGCGCGCGGCUUCCAGUCGCUUGCCGGUUUGACAUUAGAUCCCAACCCCCAGCUUAGGCCUGCUUCCCUAAAGACCUUCCGCCCGCACAUGAUUUCCAAACUGCACGAAGACCUCGGCCCGCCGUGCACCCAAUGCGGUCGGCGCUUCAAAACCAACGAAGACGGCCGCCGUAAGAAGACGGCGCACAUGGACUGGCACUUCCGCGUACACCAGCGCAUGACCGAUGCCGAGAAGCGCGGACAGCACCGCAGCUGGUAUGUCGAUGAAUCGGAUUGGAUCCACACGCGCGAAGCCAUCGACACGGAUUACACACACCCACCACAAGACCCCUCAUCCACCUCGGCCCUAGACGACCCCACGGCAGCAAGCGGCAGCGGCGGCGCACACCACAGCGCCAAACCCAACUCCACUUCAGCGGCAGGCGCCGCAGCAGCAGCAGCAGCCGCCGCCCGGGCCCCCUACAUCCCCGUGCCCGAGGACAGCGCGCGCGUCAACAACGCCUGCCCGAUCUGCCAGGAGAAGUUUGAGAUGAAGUGGCUCGACGAGGCCCAGGAGUGGGUGUGGACGGAUGCGUUGAGGGUCGGCGGGCGCGUGUUUCAUGCCAGCUGUCAUCGGGAGGCAUACGGUGCGCAGGCGGGGAUGGGGCAGGGGCAGGGGGUGUUGGGGAAGAGGAAGGCUGAGCACUAUGCCGGCGAGGUGGAGUACCCCGUCAAGGGGCUCGUUGAGGAAAACGGCGAGGUCAUCUCGGGCGACCUGAUGAACCUGAUCAACUCGAGCAAGAGCUCUUUCGUCGCUCGUCUCUUUGGGCAGGAGGUUCUCAAGACCGUCGUUCACCCGCAAGAGCGGACAACGGUUAUGCAGGCCUCCGUCAGCUCCCGGCCCAUGCGCGCGCCCAGCAUCAUGUCGAGGCGCGGGCGGCCCUCGGCUUACUGA